CAAUGGUUUAAUAAACAACAAAAGCACCCCUAUACCAUGCAGAUUGGUACAAUCCUUUCGCGAAGGUUGUCGGGAGCUUCAAACCAGGAAGUGUGAAAAAGUUGCAGGAAGUGUGGCAGUAAAAGUUUUGUCUCCAGAUAUGAGGCGUUUGUAGUUUAAUUCGUGACUUAUUGAUAUCGUUACAACAUCCAUCGACUGUUAUGGUGUCUAAAAACCCUUCUACAGACGAGGUGCAGGGAUGGGGACCAGGUGAAGUGGCAGAAUGGCUGGCACAGAUUGGGCUUCAGGAUUGUGUCCGAUUUUUCCAAGACAGAAGAGUCACUGGACAAGAACUCCUGAACCUGGACGAAGCCCAGCUGUUCAGAUGGCAGGACCUUCCCAUUAAGAGCAGAAAAGUUAUUGCAAAACAUAUAGAAACAUUGAAGUCAAAGAAACAAGAAAAGAAAUCCAAGUUCAGCCUAUUUGCAAAGAGCUCGAAACCACAGUUACCUAGCAAGGACUAUCAGGAGCCAACGAGCCCUGACGAUGAUGGUGGAUGGGACUCUGAUGAGUUUGAUGACACUCUGACCACAAUGAGGCAGGAGUCCAUUGAAUGGCAGGAAUGUUUAGAUGACAAUGGCUUCAAAUACUACUGGAACAUUACAACAAAUGAAACCAGUUGGGACAGGCCAGAGAAGUUCAUGCCAGUGGAUUCUGGUACCCAGGAGAUUGAAGAGGAUGAAGAUGCUAUAAAUGACUAUGAGCCCCCACCAGAUGCUGUGAGCCCUAAGCAGACUCAGCCACCUCAUCGCAGGCAGCCCAUGCCCCUCCCCACCCAGUCUGCAGAGGACACAUAUGAAGUUCCAGAUCACGAUAAUGAGUCUGGAGGGUCUGACUAUGAAGAACCAAUAGAAGAGCAACAACCACCUGUACCCCAUAGACCUCCAGUAAACAAGCCUGCUCAGCAGACCUGGCCACCUGUUAGAGCCAAUAACUUCAAUGUAAAUGUGGCUGAUAGAAGAAUGCCUCCUCUUCCUGGACGGCAACAGAAGCCUGCACCGGCUAGCCAGGCUGAAGACAUGUAUGAGGAAUUUGCUGAGCAUGGCGGUCCAAGUGAAGAGUAUGAAAUGCCAAUGCAAGGGGGGCCUGAAGAGGAGUAUGAAGUGCCUGAAAGUGAAUCUUUCCCCUCAUCUGGUCGUCCACCCCAGAGUGCAGGCCCUCCCGAUGUCAGUAGGAAGCCUCUGCCACCCCCACCAGAUGAUGAGCCUCCCCCUGCACUCCCUCCAAAGCCAACCAAGCCCGGCCCUACUUCACACAUGACGACUAUGAACAAAGUCCUUCCAAAUCCCACACCGGACACAAGACAGGCUCCCAAACUGCCAACCAGUGCCAAAUCCACCAGACCACCCCCACUCCCCAGCCCCAGCACAAAACCGGAGUCUCCCUUUUCCGGUGGACCUCCAAAGUUCCCUGUGAAGCAGACGCAUGUAACGUCACCUCUUGCCUCUGGGAAAAAGCCCGGAGUAAAAUGGCCGCCAGUUGAGACAGCAUCAAAUGUCAAACCCUCACAGCUGAAGCCUUCGACACCAAAAUGGAAGCAGACUGAACCGUCGUCCACUCCACAGCCUUCAGUACCAAAAUGGAAGCAGCCUACACCUGAAUCAUCGCCCUCUCCCCAGCCUUCAGUACCAAAAUGGAAGCAGCCUAAACCUGAAUCAUCGCCCUCUCCCCAGCCUUCAGUACCAAAAUGGAAGCAGCCUACACCUGAAUCAUCGCCCUCUCCACAGCCUUCAGUACCAAAAUGGAAGCAGACUCCCCCUGCAGUGCCUUCUCAGAGCAGGACAGCCGGGGUGAACAGAAUAGCAUCACAGUUUGAGGCAAGGCAAGAGGCCACUCCCCCAAAGUCUCCAGGACCCGUGACAAGCAAAGUUUCUGGGCUGGCCAGCAUGUUUGAGAAGCAGGACCUGCCCAUGAGUCCUGGCAUGUCACCGCCACCUCGAGGCACCAGAAGUGCUCACCAAUCUCCUCGGACAUCCACAUUAUCAGUUGCCUCUACAACCUCCUCCAGCUCAGCUGCAUCAUCAGAAUCAUUUGCAGACAAGAGAGCAUCACAUUCCUCUGCAUCAUCUGCAUCCGGAGACUCCAUACAUGAUGAGCUCCUCCCUGGACAGAGACUGGACCUCCCUGGGGGACCCCCUGCCCUCCCAGGACGGCGGGGACUGGUACCCCCGCCUCCACCCCCAAUAGCAUCUAUACCCAGUACUAAGGCAAAGACAAGAGGCAGGAAAAAUUCUGAUCGUCUUCCCCCACCCCCUGGGGCAGACCGUGGCCCCCCACCCCCACCCAGCCAGGGGAGGAAACCCGUCCCCAGUGCACCGCUACCAGAGCCAGAGCCUCUCCAAGGUGGGCUGUACGAGUUCCCGUGGUACCAUGGGGAGGUGGAGCAGAAACAGGCUAGUGCUGCUCUGAGGGAACAUGGGAAGGAUGGAGCAUUCUUGAUCAGGAAGAGCACAAAGAACCCCAGUAUGCCAUACACUUUGGCUCUUAUCUACCAGAAUGCCAUCAAGAAAGUUCAGAUCCGUUACCGGUCAGACCAGAAGUACGCCCUGGGCACUGAGAAGGAGGAUGAGGAUACCUUCUACAGUGUGCCAGACCUGAUUGAGUUCCACCAAACACACGACAUUCUGCUGUCACAAGGAGGGAAAACCAAGCUGACAGAAGCCGUCUACAAAAAUUACUGACCAUAACUUAAAGAUAUAGCAGGGUAAGUAAGGGCUGUCUACAAUGUCAAGGCCAGUGUCAAAGUAAGAACUCCCCCUAAAGGGGUACAUCUAAGAACAAGUUUGGAUGUGCCCUAGUGCCUUUUCUUGGUGACCCAGUUCAAUGGGUAGUUUUGGCAGUUUGUACAAUGUAGUCAAUAUCUAGAACAAAACUUGUUAGAUAUUUCUGGCUGCUCAAACAGACUACAUAAGUUAUGUAAGACUACUUAGUAAAAUACAGAUCGUUGAGAGCAACAGAAGGUAAUUCUGUAGAUACUGUAAAAAAUAUGAUGACCAUUUGGUAUAUAGUGUUCAUAGAUAGUCUAUGUACACAUUGGCUUGAAGGAAAGCCAUCCUCUAAGAUGAUGGUAGAAUUUUUUGUUCUCAGACUGAAAUUGGUUUGUCUGAUGAUAAGUCUGAUAUGCUCUGUUGAUCCACAUGUGUUGAUGCACAUACACCAUACUCAACAUUUUUACCCAAGGGACCAAAUUUUGUAUGGCAAGUUCCACCUAAGAACGGGAAAGCCUGUUUCACCACAUAAGAUGCCUUCACUUAGUUACUUGUAUUUGAGACACCUGUACCUGAAAUUGGCAUAAGACUUAAAAUGGACAUAGUUGAUUGAACACAUAUACUACAACAGUUUUAUCAUACUGUUGUCUACCAGUUGUGUACCUUAGGAAAGCAUCAGAAGAUCUGAAAUGCACUAUUUUUCAGUAGUUAACUCAUUAAAAAUUUGAGGUAUGUCAAUUUUUAAUUUUUGUAAUAUACAUUGUGGAACAUAACAGUACUAAUAGCUGUGGCUCAGAAUAUACUAGGAGCAGAACUAGUUAUGUUUGCCUGUUUUUAAACUAAUUUGUGAACACGAUUUUAUGCAUGGCCAUUGUAUAUUACAGUUAAUAAGGCCUAUCUCUUUUAAUGGACACUCAAACAACCAAAAGUGUCAAAAAUGUUUGUAUCAUAAACGCAAGAUUGUGUAAUUCACACCUUUUAAUCUGCUGUACUUAAAGGCAGUCAGCAUCUAAGUUUUCAUGUUUCCCUUGUCAACAAUUUUGUGAAUCAUAUAGCUCACCAAAUAGUAUGAAAUCAUGUGCAGAAAAAUUUAAUUGAUAAAACAAAAUGCUGUCUACCCAAGCCAUUAAAGAAGGCAUCUUUGAUAAAAUUCCUUUACAAGCUUUGCAAUAGGUAUCAUGAUGUACCGACAUGUUACAUCAUAUGCUAUCUGAAUGUUGCUUUAUCAUUACAGGAUGUCAUGUCUUUAUUUGGUAAUCUAGGUGGGCUGAUCUAUUUUUUUAAUUUGCAUUUUGUGCUCUAUGAUAUCUACAUGUAGCUAUCUCGUACAUUAUGAAAUUUGAUGCACUGGGCACUAGUGCCUGUAUAUACACACUUGUGUGCACGUAAUUUUAACUUAUGCUGCAUCGGUAGGUAAAAAAGCAAUACAACCAUGUACAUUGUGGAUAGAAAAUAGGAGAUGUAAGUUAGCUGCAAUAUUGCAUUGUAGAAGUUUCAUCUUAUUUUUGCAAAUAUCUUUUGUAAUUAUCCACUAUUCAGAAACAGUGUCAUAUUUUGAUUGUCUUUAGCAGACAAUAUAGGUUGCUUGAAAAAUUAGAAAUUGACCAAUACAUUGAAUAAUAGUAUUGGCAGUGUAUUUAGCCAGCCAUAGAGUACAGUUUGCUCCCUAGGUUGCAUUUUUCCAGCAACCUAUAAUAACUCAAUGCAAAAGCCUCUCUUCUUUUCAUGCCUGACAAGAGAUAUUGAUAAUGACUGAAAAAAAGGUCAUUGUGAGGAUUUUUAUAGAAGUUUUAAAAUAGCAUUUCACAGUGAUAAAUGAGAUCUACUAUGUAAUGGGUGACUUAAACACUAGGAAAUGGAGACCACAUAGACCCAUGAUGCCAUAACUUAGCUACAAAAAUUACUAGUAAUUUGUACUCGUCAUGAUUCAGUGUACAGCAAGAAGCAUUGUGCAAAGAAACAGCUUUCCUCGCAGCCUUCAGAGUGGUGGCAUUUAUUUUUUUGGAGGGAAGUGCUGAUUCGCAGCAAAUAUGAUACUAGUAUUCCCAGCAAGAACUUGGUCCAUACAUUGAAAAUGUGAUUCAGCACUCCCCCUUCCAAAUAAGGGCUGCUGAGACUAGUACAGAAACAACUGUAAGGGCAGAACUACAAUACACCCGCCUGAGCUGCUAUGUGGGAACAUGUGAUUGUUCAUCGAUAGUUUCAGAGUCAUACCCACCACCUCAAACUGUGAAAACAUUCCCCAGUUUACCAACUUCAUCAGUACGAUAUGAACCAUGGUGUUUUAAACUCAAAUGUUAACGUUAGAUAUUGUCUGAAAUUUAGAAGGUUGAGGUUCAAGAAAUGAACUUUUCCAGGCUAUUCA